AAUAAAAUAAAGUCGGUGAUCGGAAACCCGAAUUACAACCUCCGCCACCCCUUCUAUUUUUAUCCUAAUCUCUUUCUUCCCUCUUUUUAUUUUCUCUCUCUUCUCAAUUCACCGGAAAAAAACCCUAAUUUCUUCCCGGAAAAUUUCGCGAAUUUGCCAACAAUGGCGACUGCAUCAGUGGCAUUUAAGUCGAGGGAAGAUCAUAGGAAGCAGUUAGAAUUAGAGGAAGCUAGGAAAGCUGGGCUUGCACCAGCUGAGGUUGAUGAAGAUGGAAAAGAAAUUAAUCCUCACAUUCCACAGUAUAUGUCUUCUGCUCCUUGGUAUCUUAAUUCAAAUAAACCUAGUUUGAAGCAUCAAAGGAAAUGGAAAUCGGACCCUAAUUAUACGAAAUCAUGGUAUAAUAGAGGUGAGAAGGGUUUUCAGGCAGAGAAGUAUAGGAAGGGUUCUUGUGCAAAUUGUGGCGCCAUUACUCAUGAUUCAAAGUCAUGCAUGGAUCGACCUCGAAAAGUUGGAGCGAAGUGGACAGGGAAACACAUUGCACCAGAUGAAAUAAUAGAGGAGUUUGAGCUUGAUUUCGAUGGGAAACGUGACAGAUGGAAUGGUUUUGAUCCUGCAAGUUAUGCCUAUGUUGUUCACAGAUAUGAGGCGAAAGAGGAAGCGAGAAAAAAAUACCUGAAGGAACAACAGUUGAAAAAGCUCGAAGAGAAGAACAAAACAGGUGAGGAGGGUGAGCCUAGUGAUGAUGAUGAUGAGGAUGAUGAUGAGGAUGCUUUGAAGGUUGAUGAGGCCAAGGUUGAUGAGAGUAAGCAAAUGGAUUUUGCAAAGGUUGAAAAACGUGUUCGUACUACCGGUGGAGGAAGUACUGGAACUGUAAGAAAUUUGCGUAUACGAGAGGAUACAGCCAAAUAUCUGUUGAAUCUUGAUGUUGAUUCGGCCUACUAUGAUCCUAAAACUCGGUCCAUGCGUGAAGAUCCUAUGCCUGAUGCUGAUCCAAAUGAGAAGUUUUAUGCUGGGGAUAAUCAAAACCGGCUUAGUGGUCAAGCUUUGGAAUUCAAGCAGAUUAAUUUGCAUGCUUUUGAGGCUUAUGAUAAGGGGCAGGAUAUGCACAUGCAAGCAGCUCCAUCCCAAGCCGAAUUACUUUACAAGAACUUCAAGGUUAAUAAAGACAAGUUGAAGUCCCAGGUGAAGGACACCAUAAUGGAGAAGUACGGCAAUGCUGCUACAGAAGAGGAUAUUCCACGAGAACUUUUACUUGGUCAAAGUGAAAGACAAGUUGAAUAUGAUCGUGCGGGUCGGGUAAUUAAGGGGCAGGAGACUGCACUUCCCAAGAGUAAAUAUGAAGAAGAUGUGUACGCCAAUAAUCACACAAGUGUUUGGGGAUCAUGGUGGAAUGAUUUUCAAUGGGGAUACAUAUGCUGCAAGCAGACAAUUCGAAACAGCUAUUGUACAGGCGCUGCAGGAAUUGAGGCUGCAGAAGCAUCAGGAGACCUGAUGAAAGCUAACAUUGCCCGCAAAGAAGAAUCUGAAGAAAACCCAGCGCCUACGGAGGAGAAAAAGCUGGCUACUUGGGGUGCAGAGGUGCCAGAGGAUUUGGUUCUGGAUGAAAAGAAACUUGCUGAAGCCCUCAAAAAGGAGAAUAUAAGGAAGAAAGAAGAGAAGGACGAAAGAAAACGGAAAUACAACAUUAGUUAUGACGACAAUGUGACACAGGAAGAGAUGGAAGCCUACAGAAUGAAGAGGGUUCACCAUGAUGAUCCUAUGAAAGAUUUCCUGUGAGGUUGCUCUUAUAAAAACCUUUCAGAAACACAAGCUUAGAACAUUUAGUUAAACUGCAGUUUGGUUGUAUCUUGUGGACUUCCAUACUAGUAUCGGACAUGCAUUGUGUUGACAAAAGCAGCAUUGCACGUAUGAUGUGAUUAGUUGAUAAUUAGAGCAAUGAUAAGUCGUCUAUGGAAGGGUUUGCUUUUGAGUAACCCCUCUUAGUGUAAAUACUCAAGUGCUGAUAAUUUAUGCUGUUUAUCUUCUUGUAUUGGAAGAUUUAUUGUUGCUGUGCUAUUUGCGAAUAUAUGUGGAAUACUGGUCUUUUCUUUUUGGGGUACAAUAUAUCCCUAAUAGUACCUUGCGAUAUAUUAUACAUUUGAUCAUUUUUUUUGGCUUAA